GGCCUGAAGGAGGGGAGGGGGGUUGCAAUCAUGCAGAGGGCCAGCGUGAUGGGGAUGCCCUGCCCAGAACCCAGUGGAUCUUACUCCCAGCAGUUCAAAGCCAUGAGGUUCUCCUAUCACAUCGAAGCGGGAGCAGCUACUUCUCCCCAGAUCCGAGCCGGUCCUGCUCAGCCCCCACGGCUCCUGGUCAAGAGCCUCUCAUUGGAGCCUAGUCCAGAACAUCACUGUCCAGAAGCACCCCAGCGGCUCAUCUCUGAUCCAGGACCUGACUGUAGUGAAGGAGAAGCAGCCAAGCUCCGGCCACUCAAACGACCCCCAGGACCAAAGCCACAAGUCCCUCCCAAACCAGCCCAUCUGCAGAGUAUCCAGCCACCACGACUCCAUGAAUCUAUUCCCCCACCCCCGUCACGACCGCUCCCAGCUGGCCCCCGCCUGAGCCGAAGCCCCCUGCCAAAGGAUGGAUUGGGGUCAUUAUCUGCUGUCUCCUGCCUCAUUGAAAAGUUUGAAAGGGAACCUGUAAUCCUGGCUGUUGAACAGGCCUUGUCGCCGUGCCCCAGUCCAGAUCUCCAGACCCCAGAGGCGGGUUCCAUGGAGCCCUUGCUAGAUUGCCCAGCUUCACUGGAAUCAACAGAGUUGGCUCACAAACUUCUGGAUCUCCUGGCACUGGAAGGGGGACAAGAGGCUGUGGGUAGUGCUGCCUGCUUGCCAUCUCAUGAUGGUGGGAAGCUGGCUAACCGAGACAGUGGCAUUGACAGCAUCAGCUCGCCAUCCAACAGCGAGGAGAUCUGCUUUGGGGGUGAUGAGGGCACAGGAGAGGGAGCAGGGGCACCAGUGCCUCCUGCCAUCAUCAAGCGCCGCUCGACCCGUGAUUCUGAGGGGGACAGCGACAUGGAUGACGGCAGCGGGGACGAGGCUGAGCUGCUACCAGAGCUCCCACCCCCACAGGCAGAAAGACAGGACUCUGAUGAGAUGACAGUUCCACAAAAGGUUUUCCGAAUCGCCAAUGAGCUUCUCAAAACAGAAAAGGCCUAUGUCUCUCGCCUGUAUCUGCUGGACCAGGUCUUCUGUGCCCGUCUGCUGGAGGAAGCACGCAGCCGAAACUCUUUCCCAGUUGAUGUGGUGAUGGGCAUUUUUGCCAACAUCUGCUCAAUCUACUGCUUCCACCAGCAGUUCCUGCUCCCGGAACUGGAGAAACGUAUGGAGGAAUGGGAGCAACACCCCCGCAUCGGGGAUAUCUUGCAGAAACUGGCACCUUUCCUCAAGAUGUAUGGUGAAUAUGUAAAGAACUUUGACCGUGCCAUGGAGCUUGUCAACACGUGGAUGGAGCGCUCAGCACAGUUCAAGGGCAUUAUCCAUGAAGUGCAGAGGGAAGAGAUAUGUGGGAACCUGACCCUUCAGCACCACAUGCUGGAACCUGUCCAGAGAAUCCCGCGCUACGAGCUUCUGCUGAAGGACUAUCUCCUCAAACUGCCUCAGGAUUCACCUGAUUGCAAGGAUGCCCAGAAAUCCCUGGAACUUAUUGCAACAGCAGCAGAGCACUCAAAUGCAGCCAUCCGCAAAAUGGAAAGGAUGCACUCACUGCUGAAGGUGUAUGAGCUGCUUGGAGGUGAGGAAGACAUAGUAAACCCCACUAAUGAGCUCAUCAAGGAAGGGCACAUCUUGAAGCUUUCUGCCAAGAAUGGUACCACGCAAGACCGGUACCUGAUCCUGUUCAAUGAUCGGCUCCUGUACUGCGUGCCCAAGCUGCGUCUCAUUGGCCAGAAAUUUGGGGUCCGCUCUCGCAUAGACGUGGAGGGUAUGGAGCUGAAAGAGACCAGCAGCCUCAAUGUACCCCGGACCUUCCUUGUAUCAGGGAAGCAGCGAUCCCUAGAGCUUCAGGCCAGGACUGAAGAGGAGAAGCGAGACUGGAUCCAGGCGAUACAAGCAACAAUUCAGAAACACGAGCAGACUCUGGAGACGUUCAAGCAGCUGGUCAGUGAGGAUGAAACACCACCCAAUUCGCCAGGGUGCGAGCUGGGCCGACGGGCACCCACACCAAUCCGGGAAAAAGAGGUGACCCUUUGUAUGCAAUGCAAGGAGCCGUUCAAUGCCCUCACCAAGCGGAGGCACCAUUGCCGGGCCUGUGGCCAUGUUGUCUGUGGGAAAUGUUCAGAGUUCCGGGCCCGCCUGGUGUAUGACAACAACCGGCCCAACCGUGUCUGCACUGACUGCUACACAACGCUACAGGGCUCCCCUGCGAGUCCCAUCCCACAUCCCAAUACACCUCAGCGUCGGAGAUCCAUUCUGGAGAAACAGGCUUCUGUGGUGGCAGAGAACAGUGUGAUCUGCAGCUUCUUGCACUACAUGGGAAAAGGAGGGAAGGCCUGGCACAAAGGCUGGUUUGUCAUCCCUGAAAAUGAACCCCUGGUGCUGUACAUCUAUGGAGCCCCACAGGACGUCAAGGCCCAGCGCUCGAUGCCUCUGAUUGGUUUUGAGGUGAACCUGCCGGAACCCGGUGAGCGGGUGGAUCGACGUCAUGCCUUCCGGAUCAGCCAGAGCCACCUGUGCUGGUAUUUCAGCCCCGAGACUGAGGAGUUACAGCAGCGAUGGAUGGAGGUGCUGAGCCGGGCAGGCCGUGGAGAAGAAGGCAAGGGACCGCCUUCCAUCCUGGAGGCAGAUGAGGAUACAGAGGCAGAGAGAACCUAGAUGUGGAGACUGGGCAAUGAGGAAUUAACAGACUGCCCGCUUUGGGAACUUGUUCACCAUUCUCUGAUCAGUAUACUUGAACAUUUCUCUCUCUCUCUCUCACUUUCUGGCACUUUCUCCCCUUUAUUUCCUAGUCAGCAUUAAUAGGGCCACCUCUUGCCUUUUUGUGAUAAAAAAAAAAGACCUGUCCUCAGCCACAAGGUUUCCAGCCAUUCCCAGCUGCAGAGGUGAUGCACGCAACAUGCACUGACUCUUACUCUAGGCCAGUUCGUCUUCCUAGCUGUAGCAGCAUAUGGGAACCAACACCUCCAAUUCUUUUCUUUCCUCCCACCCUCUAUUCAGGGAGAAAUGGAUCUGAGCAGGUGGAUGUCUUCCUUCCAACAUGCGCUUCCCCCUCGUUUGCGUUUUGGACCAAGAUCUGUUCUUCCAGUCCUCACUGCUUAUUUAGCACUUACUGAACAUAUGUCCACUGCAGUGUUUUAAAGAAUUUGUGGGGUGGUGGUGAGAGAUUUUAUCAUCGGCAUGGAACCAAUUAUUUCAGUGUAAUGCAGGCAGCAGGGGCAGGGGAGAGAGAAUGAGGGGGUCCCCCUGUCAAGCAUUUGUCUGCCUUGUUGGUAACCCUCCUUCCUUUAUCUGUGUGAGACUAGGUGGCAUUUUGGCUUUUGUGAUGUUUCCUCACACUGCUGACCACUUUCAGACCCCAAAGGCUGAUUUGAGCCUGCCUCAGAAUUAGCAGAUGGACCAUCAUGACUUUAAGUCUCUCUCAUAACAGGACCAGCUUUGAUUAAGCCCCUCUAGGCUGGGAUGUGGGAACCAGUUUAAAGACGAAAAAUGAGCCAGGCUUCUUUUCCUUGCUACAGUAGAUGGGGUUCCCUCUUGCUGAUAAGGCAAUCCUCUGGGACCACAGUGAUGAGUUGCUGCCAUAUUCUCCCAUUCACUGUUUCUUCCUCUACCAUGCUGUGGAUCCGAGGGCAGAAUCCACCCAAGAGUUCUCCUGUGCAAGCCUUGCUAUAGUGCAUGGAGCUGCACAAUGGUGUAGGUAACAUUAUUUCUGUAAUAAUCACUCUUCCACAUUGUGUUUGGGAUUUUUUUUAUAAAUGUCAAAUUAUGCUCCAAGGUGCUUUCAACACAUGAAAGUAUGCAAUAAAAUUGCAGACAAGGCCACUUAAAUCAAACAAUAAAAAUAGAGAAGCAGCUGCCAAUAAUUGAUCAUGUCAAAGAAAUGUGGAAAAUGUAAUCUUCAGGAGCGUUUAGUUAGCAGGGAACAGACAUACUGAGAGGGAGAAAAGUCCCCCAUGGAGCAUCCUGUCAAAGCGUUGCCUCCUGACACUACAAAGGGAUGUAUGCCUAAACCAAGUUAGAGAUAUAACAUUUCUGGAAAUGUUGAAGCCAUAGAAGAAAAACCUUCCUCCCUUCCCUAUUUUUUCUGAGGAAAAGCAGAAUUUUUGGGGAAGCUGAAUAUGUGCAAUAUUUUUUUCAAACUUAUUUUUGGCUUUAAUGUGCAACUUCAUUAAGAUAUACAAUUACCCAUGCUGAUUAGUGGUGCUUACUCCCAGGUAACCAUGCAUAGGAUUGCAGCUUUGAAAGUAUAGAUGCCAUUCAGUGCAAUCCUAUACAUGUCUACUGAGAACUAAGCCUGAUUAUUCUGGUAAGUGGGUGAAGGAUUGCAGAACUGUAGGGUGGGAAAUCAGGUCAUUAGAUACAGAAGAUUUGCUUCUAUUAUCUCCAAACUUGAUCAAAGGUCAUCAGAAAAAGGAAAGCAACAAUUCACUCUAUAGGCCACUGUUAAUAUUGCAGAUCAGAGGUGAGGCUGGUUUGGAUUUCCAGUCAAAAAGGUCCCCAUAUCUUUCAGAUUGCAGUAAAGGUCCAUCUCUUUAAAUUGCCUCUUUACAUCUCCCAGAUCAAAUCAAGCAUUUAGGUGGAUGCAAAAGCCAACCACGUUCAACUGGAUUGUAUAUAGACUGGUUGCAUUUAUAAAUGUUCAAAAACAAAUUGCACAUGAAGUAAGAGCAGGUUUGAUGCUAGUUUUGCUACUCAGAACAAAUCCUGAGCUCAGUAUCCUUUAAUUCUAAAUAUAUUUCUUUUGCACAAGGAUCUGGUUGGUGGAUCUCAGGGUUCUAGUUAAAAAGAAAAGUAGAUCCCACAAGGCUGAAGUCUGCCCACCCAUGGUCUAGCCUGCUGUUCAUGCUACAUCAUUGGUUUUAUUGUGGGAUUGGUGCUCCUCAUGCAUGCAUUUUUUGCAGCGUCCAUAUAACAUCUUCAUCAAAAUGUGAGACCCCCCCAUUUAAUCUGGAUUUAUCCUUUUUGAUGAAAAUCCAGUAAGUUAGAAAAACCUGUUGCUAAUGACCAAUUAACAAUUAAGCCCACUCCUUAAAAUACCCCAUUUUCCAUUUAUUUCAAAAUUCAUUUCAGUAUUAACGUAAGAAUUGCCUUGCUGACUCAAAGGCAGGCUCACCUAAUGCAGUAGUUCCCAAACGUUUUCCCCCAUGGCCCACUUGAAAAUUGCUGAGGGUCUUGGCAGGUUGCUUACUGAUUUUUUUUGCCUGUUGUACCAAUAGUAAUGUGCUAGAUGCAUGAUUUUUAAUUGUAUUUUUAUAGACAUGCUGUGGACCACCUGAAUGAAGCUCGUGCACCACUGGUGGUCUGUGGACUGCAGUUUGGGAACCCCCAAUCUAAUAUUUCAUUUUGUCUUUAGAGAGACAGAUGGGUAGGGUGUAACAGCAACAGCUAUUCCUGUUCUUCGAUUUUACUAUCUGGUGCUCAGAGUGAUACACUGAAAUUCUAUUUGCCUACCACAGCUAAUAUACAGCCAUCAACAAGGCUUAGCAAAUACAAUGGCUUUGAACAGCCAAACCCCAUGCCAUAUAGAAUAGGGUGCUUGUGCAGAUGCUCAGUGGAUUUUGCCAAAGGAGGGGGUUGUUACUAUAAGGGGCAGAGAAAACCUGAAAGACACACAUACACUAUUCUCAAAUGUAGUUGCUUUCCCUCGAUACGGUGCACUUAAAAACAAUUGAUGUUAUUAAGUUCUCUUCUGAUCCUUAUUGAAUUAUUGUGGAGUUUCCUAUGACCCUUCCAAUAUUUUUCUCUCUCCCCCUCCGUAUCCUGUUUCAACUUACAUGUGGGGCUUCCUUUUCAAAAACUGACCCAUUGGCCUGUUUAUGUAGGGCUCCUGGUGGUGCCUAUCUCUAUUCUUUGUCAUUCUUUCCCCACCCACCCCUCCCCACCGUGGUGUAGAGGUAGUGCAUGUAACUUUCAUAUUAAAAAAGUCAGUAUUAAGGGAUAUACAAAAUCUUACCAAAAUAAUAUUUUAUUGUUGCUCAUAUACAGUGGCUGGCCACUACAGAGGUUAGGAAAGGGGAACUUCUAUUGAGAGAAGUGCCCUAUCCCACAACCAAGGAUUUGUGUAUUGUCCAUGUUACUUUCUAGUUUUGUUGUUGUAUUUUGUUUUCCAUUGUCCAUAAUUUUUUUUAAAUACACGAUUUUGUUUUUCUGUUA